UGAUGGAGCGUGUAAAUGGAAAGUUUGCAUUGUGGAAUCAGGAAGUUGAGUAAAACGUCCGUGUCAGAUAGUACUGUAUGCCUGCCGCUGCUGAGGACCUUUAGGCUGUGAACCGCUGUGGAGAUGCGUACUGGACCUCUGAGCCAUGUGGGUGACAGCUGAAUCCAGACCUCUUCUCUGUGGAGGAACUCUGCUCAGAUAGUGGUUGACCUUGGACUCCAGUAGGAAUGUCCUACUGGUCAGUUGGCCUUCCCCAGGAGUCUGGAGACACUGCCAGCAACAUGGAGCAGCAAAGCAGCCCUGGGGUGGAAAUGGGAGCCAAGGCAUCACUGGUAGAGGAUCAGGGGCCCGCCUCUGCACUGGUUUGUUCUCCCACUCUGGAGAACAUCCAGGCAGCGUAUGAGGAUGGAGCGGAGGAGUCUGCCAGGGAGCUCAUCCAACAAGCCUGCUGCUUGGAGUGCAGCGCGGGAGCUCCCCCUAUCGAUGGGGUACGUCUCCUGUGCAUAGCCACUCAGCAUGGUGAUCUGCAGAGUCUGCAGUACCUCCUAAAAGAAGCACGUAUUCCUGUGCCCCAGGAGCCAUCCAACAGCAACCCAGCCAUCCUGGCAGCAUACUAUGGCCACACAAGCCUGGUUAAAGAGCUGCUGGAUUCUAUACCUGGUCCAUGUCUGAGGAGAGACUUGCUGAACAGGAUGCUGGCCACGUCUUGCCAGCAGAGUCACCUGGACGUAGUCCGGCUGCUGGUCCACGGCUAUGAUGCUGAUGCUAAGGACUGUGCCUUCCUCAGUGAUGAGUUUGCUGUCAUCACUGGGCUGCCACUGUAUGCUGCUGCGCGAGCAGGGAACGAGGAGAUAGCUCACUUCCUACUGCAGAAUGGAGCAGGAUUCUCCUCAUACACUCUGAUGGACCAUCCAGCCUUCAGCAAACACCUGCUCAGACUUAAACUCCAGGAAACCUCCAGCGCAGAAGGAGAGAAGCAGGCUGUCAGUGUAUGUUGGAGUGGUCUGCAGCUGCCCUGGCUGGAGCUGGAUUGGUUCAUGGAUGUCUCCUCACGUAUCAACCACCUGGAUCUGUCGUCCAACAACCUGGCUGCUCUUCCGUCUGUCGUGCCCUGGGGUCUCAUCCACCUGCAGACCCUAGAUCUUUCUAACAACCUGCUAAAAGAGCUGCCCGCUUCUCACAAUUCCCAAGAAGUCAUCUGCUCCAGUUUAAAGCAGGUAAAUCUGUCUGAGAACCAGCUCACCAGUUUGCCACCGGGAUUUCUCCAUCUGACCAACAUCCGGAGACUUUCUGCUGCCAAGAACCAGCUCACAAUCCUAUUUAACAUCCCUACCACCACUAACUGGAUCGGCCUUCGUAAGCUGGAGGAGCUGGAUGUGUCUGAUAACUGUCUGACCAGUCUGCCUACCGCUGUCCUGCACUGCUUGAAAUCCCUCAGAUUCCUCAAUGUGUGCAGGAACAAGCUGAGCACCUUCCCUGACCCCUGGGCAUGUCCACUGAAGCAAUGUAAAGCUUCCUCCAAUAUGAUUGAGAGUCUUCCAAACACCAUCUCUAUCUUCUGGAGGUCUCAGCUGCAGGAGGUGGACUUCUCUGACAACAGCCUGGAGGAGUUGCCCUCAUAUAUCUUUGAACUGGAGGCUCUGGUCUCGCUGAGAUUAUGUGGGAAUCACAUUGCGACACUCCCAGCCCCCAUUAAGUGGAAGUGCUCUCAGCUCCGGACCCUCGAUCUUUCCAGGAAUCAGCUGGGCAAAACAGAGGAGGGGCCCAAAUCCAGGAGGCUGGCCUUCCUGACUACAUGGAACAGGAGGGACCCAGACCCAGUGUGUCCGAUAGAGUUUCCCAUGAUUCUGCGGGAUUCACUGGAAGUGCUUUUCUUGAACGACAACCAGCUGGAGUGUGUUCCCCAAUCCGUGUGUGGUCUGCACAGCCUCACUGAGCUCUACCUCUCCAAUAAUCCUGGAAUCCGGGAGCUUCCCGCAGAGCUUGGUCAGCUCUCCAACCUGUGGCAGCUGGACAUUGAAGACCUCAACAUUACUAAUGUCCCCAGGGAAAUAAGACAAGAAGGUCCUGCGUCUGUCCUGACUUUCCUCCGGGCACACCUUCGAAGGGCAGAGCCUUUUAAACUGCUGAAGAUGCUUGUGAUUGGUCCACCGAGGCAGGGGAAGACAACCCUUCUAGAGGCUCUGCAGACAGGCAGGGCAUCCCCCUUCACCCCAGCAGAAUGCAGCAUCUCCACCUCCACCUGGGAGCUGGACAAACCCAACAGAGGCAAAAAUAGCAAGGACUCUGUGGCUUUCAACGUGUGGGACAUUGGCGGUCAGGCCAGCAUGUCCACAGUGAACCAGUGUUUCUUCACUGAUAAGGCCCUGUACAUGGUGAUCUGGAACCUGGCUCUGGGAGAGGAGGCUGUGGCCAGCCUGCAGACAUGGCUGCUCAACAUAGAGGCACGAGCACCCAACUCUGCAGUGGUGGUUGUGGGAACACACUUGGAUCUCAUUAACACCAAAUUUCGCACUGAGAGGCUGGCCACGCUAAAAGCUUAUAUUCUGGCUCUUUGCCGAUCCCCAUCAGGGGCUCGAGCCAGCGGCUACCCUGAUAUAACCUGGAAACACCUGCAUGAAGUGUCCUGUAAAACCCUGGAGGGUUUGGAUGGGCUGAAGAAGCUGAUCUACCAGGUGGCUCUCUCCAUGAAGGACGGCAGCAGCACAGCCUGUGGGGGGAAGCUGCUGGGCAGACUGAUCCCCAAGAGCUACCUGACGCUACAGGAAGCAGUGGUAGCAGAGAAGCAGAGGAGAAAUGCUGAGGGAGAGGUCCAAUACCUAACUGAUGCCCAACUGGACCGUCUCAUUGAACAAAACCCAGGAAGUGACAUCAGGGACUAUGAGGACCUGCAGACCGCCAUCAGCUUCUUAAUAGAGACGGGGACUCUGCUGCACUUCCCUGACACCAGCCAUGGCCUGUGUACCCUCUACUUCAUGUGUCCUGUGUGGCUUUCAGAAUGCCUGGAGAGGAUCAUGCACCUUAAGUCCUCUCGCUCAGUAGCCAGGAAUGGCGUGAUCCGAGCUGAAGACCUCAGGAUGCUGUUAGUAGGAACAGGGUUCACCCAGCAGACAGAGGAACAGUAUUUCCAGUUUCUAGCCAAGUUUGAGAUUGCGCUUCCUGUGGGCAACAAAAGCUAUCUGCUGCCCCACCUCCUUCCCCCCAAGCCAGCCAUGGACAUCCAUGGCUUCCGCCAGCAGACCAGCAACACUCUACAGCGCCUCGUUAAGAUGAGCUUUGUUCCUGCUGGUUUUUGGGAGCGCUUCAUUGCCAGGAUGCUCAUCAGCCUCACAGAGAUGGACCUGCAGUCAUUUGAGCCCAAACGAAACAGCAGGGACCGGCACAGCAGGAACUCUGUGAUCUACAGCUUUGCUGGCAGCCAGCAGAGGAAUCGUUGCAGCACCUUUAGGGUCAGACGAAGCCAGACAAUCUACUGGAAGGAGGGGCUGCUGGUCACUUUCGAUGGAGGAUAUCUCAGCGUGGAGUCAUCCGAUGUCAACUGGAAGAGGAGGAAGAGCGGAGGCAUAAAGAUAAUCUGCCAGUCGGAGAUGAGAGAUUUCUCUGCCAUGGCCUUCAUCACAGACCACGUCAACUCUCUGAUUGAGCAGUGGUUCCCUGCUUUGACGGCCAGUGAGAGCGAUGGGAGUCUUCUCAUAGAGCAGUACGCCCCCUGUCCCCUCUGUUCCUCACUGGGCCAACAGGAGCAGGCAGAGCCCCUAGAUGGCCGGCCAGGAAAGGUCAAAGAGGAAGGAGGAUGUGGGGUAGAUGACGGAGGAGGAGGAGAUGCAGGGGUUCAUUACUUUAACAUGGAGGACUGUGUGCUGGCUGCAGUGGAGAAGGAGUACAUCAUCUGUCCUCGGCACCCUGACCACCCAGUCACCCUCCAAGAGCUGGUCCCAGAACUCUUCAUGACUGACUUCCCUGCACGGCUCUUUUUGGAGAGGGCCCGGCUGGAGUUCUCUGUGGAGGAGAGUAACAUCCUUGGCCAAGGUGGCAGUGGGACCAUCAUCUACCGAGCUCGAUACUGUGACCAGCCGGUGGCCAUCAAACGCUUCCACUUGAAGAAGUGUCGUCAGCAGACCAUCAGCAGCAACACAGACACCAUGGUGAAACACCUGCAGUCUGCAGAUGCCUGUCGGAGCUUCUCUGAAUAUCGCCAGGAGGCCAGUAUGUUGCACUCUUUGCAGCAUCCUUGUAUUGUUUCUCUGGUGGGCAUCAGCAUCCAUCCCCUCUGCUUCGCCCUGCAGUUAGCCCCCCUGGGCAGCCUCAACACUGUUCUGGAGGAGAGGCGCAAAGGCUCCAGGUAUAUGCCCCUUGGUCACAUGCUAACGUUCAAAGUAGCCUAUCAGAUUGCAGUAGGUCUGGCUUACCUUCACAGGAAGAGUAUCAUCUUCUGUGAUCUCAAAUCUGAUAACAUUCUGGUGUGGUCUCUGGAGGUGCGGGAUCCAGUCAACAUUAAACUGUCUGACUAUGGCAUUUCUCGACAAUCCUUCCAUGAGGGAGCAUUGGGGGUUGAGGGCACACCCGGUUACCAGGCUCCCGAGGUCCGACCAGGCAUCGUGUAUGAUGAGAAGGUGGACAUGUUCUCCUAUGGCAUGGUCCUGUAUGAGCUGCUGUCUGGGCGGAGGCCAUCACUGGGAUACCACCAGCUUCAGAUAGUGAAGAAGCUCUCCAAAGGCAUCCGGCCAGUGCUAGGCAGUCCAGAAGAGGUUCAGUUCUACUGCCUCCAUAGCCUGCUGACUGAAUGCUGGGACACCAAGCCCGAGAAGAGGCCAGUGGCCAUGCAGUGCGUGAGGCAGAUGCAGGAGCCCAGCUUCCCCUGCCUCCAGUAUGUGUUAUCUUGUGACAGCCACUCGCAGCUCUUCCUGUCCCAGCAGCAGGGAUACAGCGCUGUGUUCUGGAACGGAGACAAGGACGACAGGAACUACAGUGUGGUGAAUGUGGAGAAGGGCCAGGUUGAGGUGAAGAGGAUGUCCUGUCCAGGCAGCAGGAUUAGCUGUCAGAUGAAGAUGGGUAACACUCUGUGGAUGGCCACUGAGGAUCAGGAAGUGUUCAUCUACAGCUUGAAGGACAUGUGCCCACUCAGUCAACCCCAGAAACAGUUCUCCUGUCCGGCCAUCAUCACCUGCCUGUUCCCUGUUCCAGCAAGAGAACCGAACCUGGCCAGAAUGUUUGCUGGGAUGUCUGACGGCCUGGUGGCAGUGUACAGCUUGGUGGAAGACCUUCCUCUGGAGGGGGAGACCUACCUGUGUUCACACACCCUCAACAAGACAGUGUUUGGCCUGAAGGAUUCAGAUCCCAGGCAGAGACCCUACCCCGUCAGGAGCAUGGCACUGGUCAGCAGUGGCUCCCAGUUAUGGCUCUCAAACGGUCCGGGUGUGCUGGUCAUUGACUGUCUGAGUCUUCAGGCAGUCCGAAGGCUAGAGCUCUACAACCCACCUUCCUCCAUCGUAUCCAUGACAACCAGCUUCAGUCUGUGGGGAGAGGAGGCAGUCUGGACCAUGGAUGACCACAUAAACACCCUGCUGCUCUACCAUGCUGCCUCCUACCAGCUCUGUGCCAAGUACUGCUGCGGAGACAGCAAUCCUCUACGGGACGUCUUUGCUGUGCAACGUCCAGCAGGGAUUAGCACAGUGACAACCAAUGAUCUCAAGACCACCGACCAAGAUGAGAAGCUGGAACGUAUAAAUGGAGAAGUGACAUUGAUCUACAGUGAGGAGGCGGGCACUCAGAUCAUCCAGCACCAGGAUUCACUGACAGACUACUGCUCUAUAUCAUCCAACUGCUCUCUGGAGCCGCAGGGGUCAGACUGUUCCAGCACUGCAGACCUUGGCUCAUUAGCCAGCCGCAGCAGUGGGCCACUGCCUGCAGACCUGGAAGAGACUGGCAGGGAAAAGGAACAGCAGGCAUCCACAAACCCCAGGUCUGAUCUAGACUCUGCAGAGACAGUGAAUCCCACACCGCCUGAGCUGCAAGCCUUUACUGUGUUGCCAGUGAACGGAACUCUGUGGAUCCCCAGGCGUGGUGGAGAUGUGAUGGUCAUCGAAAUGCAAUCACAAUCUGAUCAGCUGAUGGGGCGUGUCAUCGCUGUCCUCAGUCCACCUGGAUGUUUGUCUUUGGGGAUCCUGAAGGAGGCAGCACUAGUGGCAAAGGACACAGUUGUAUGUGCCUUUCAUAAGGAAAACAUGGAGUGGUGCCUGUGUGUCUGGAGGGGCUGGGGCUGCCACGAGCUGGAGGUCUUCUACCAGUCCUACGAGGAGCUGAGCCACUUGGAGACCAGCAUAAGGAAAAGAAAGUAGCUGUUGUGCUGCGACGGCAAGGUGCAGAAUUGCAGCUCUGUAUGGAGGAUGACCCGAAGGGAAUACACACAGACACUCUGCCAGUUCUCAGAGCGAACACGGACAUCAGGUCAUUUUCAUAUUUAGUGCUGUAUGGUAUUUUUGGCCCCUGUUUGAUAUGAGUGGGAUUCAGUUCAAGAUGUGGUGGAUUCUGCCUCCAACUGCUGCAGUCCAUUGUGUAUCCUUUGUCUGUCCAAUUCAGUUUCCCUUCAUUUAACUAUUCCAAUCUGCCCUCUGGAGGUGACACUCAAUGUGGACAUUCGUAAAGGAAAAGGGUUAAUUGGUAUUAACAGCAAUGUUCUUGAAACAAACAGCUGGUUGUGGAUUGGUGGAUGCAGUAGAUGUGUACAGAGACAUCAUUAUCUGUAUCUGUUUAACCAACAAAAUGAUCUGUCUUUAUAUCUGUAUUCAGAUAGAGGGCCCAAUGUGGGUAUGGUUUAUAAAGGAAGCCAUGUUAAAUCACAUGUUGUAUUUUCUAACCUCAUAUACACUGGCAAUGGAAUUGUUUUGCCUUUAAAGCAUCAACUUGAUAAUAUAAUAAUACAUCCUACACUUUUCAUCUCUCUCUCUCUCUUUUAUUUUUUUAUUUUUAGCCAAACAAACUGUCUGAACCCUCCACCACCAAACCUUUAACUGGGAGACAUUGAACAACCAGAAACUGAAGAACAAUGUUUUCUAAAUUAACUAUAUAGAACCAUAUCCUUCAGUUGAGGGGAAUAAUUUUAAAUUCCAAUGGGCUUCAAUCACAUUAAAUGUCAAUCCAACAACACUAGUAGAACAACAUGGCGCCACCGAGCCAUGAUGUCCAAACAAUCUGCAUAGACCGAUUUUGCAGCCUGUGCAUAGAACUGAGUUAUAAGUAUACAACAGCCUUCUUCUGUACAGCAUCACUACAGUUAACCAGAAAAUCACCAAACAAAUCACCAACAAUAAAUAAAAAGAGCUGAGGAUACUGUGGCAGGUGCAACAAGCAAUAUUAGGUUACAGAAAUGAAAUAAAACAUAAGCAAUGCAAAUAAAACAGAGGUGUAUGAAAAAUAUAAAGUCCACAGCGGCUCCAGCCACAAACACACAUAUCAAAGCAGAGAGAGCGGCGCAGUUUUCACACAUUGUGACAGAUGCACACUGCACUGUGGUACACAGGGAACACAGUCAUUGUACUCACCUGUCUAAAUGUCAUUCUGUUUAUAUUAUGGCCAAUCCUCUCAGCCUCUGGGUCCAAAUAUAACCAGUCCACCUCUUUGUCCCACUAAAACCAGUCUGCUUAGCCUACUGCUGACAAACUGCUAGGCCUGGCCCGGGAGAGACUGCAUGUAUCCCCCAACACUGGCCAGUGGAGCUGGGGUAGAAGAAAUAUGCAUUUUCAUUCCAUUAUUUAUGCUUUCCUAAAUAACGGCACUGACACUUUCACACACUUGUCCUCUCUCAUCCAGUAUAUUUUAGCUUUGGCAUAUGAAUCUGCAUGCCAGCUGCAGCUCCAAUUGUUACCAAAGUGGCCUGGAAGCAAAAAAUGAACAUCUGUGUUCUGUGUUAUGCAACAGACCAGUGGUUCCCAGCUUGUGCCAAUAAAAACCUAAUACUUUUGACGGAUAAAAGACCACAAUGGUUUAAAUGAUUCUGGCAUAAGCCUCCACUGUGAGUUACUUGCUCGACUGUGUUCCACUAGUAUCUGUACCUCAAAAAGAAUAAAAAAUAAAGAUGAAACCACUUUUAUUUAAGUAGUAGUUUCCUCUGUAGAAGACAACAUUGGAUUGUUCAGUAUAACUAUGGUGGACAUUGCUUCUUUAGCCUUAUUUAUUAAAACAGCAUGCUGUGAUAAAUCCUCUCAGCUGCAGUUUGUUUGGUUGGGCUGUAAACACCAGUAGACCAGUCCCUAUUCGGUUUGAUUUCUGACAGACUAGCUGCUGGAACUUGUAUUAUUAAAAUACUCGGCCAUUACUACCAGUAACCAUGGGGUGUCACCAAAUCAGCCAGGACACCUGCAGGCGGACUGGAUUAUGCUCUGACAACUGCGGCGUUUACCAGCGGGAGGAGCUCAGAGUUGACUUUUAUUAAAUUAACUGUUUAUUUAAUUUAUGGGAUUAAAACAUUGAUUUAUCUACACAUCUGCGCUUCUCAGCAGCAAGCAACCAUGUGUUUCUGACUUCCACUGUUGUUGUUGCCGUCUGUGGGCACCAAGAGCUCUGUGAUACUACUUCAUAUUUAUAUAAAAAAUGGACAAAACUGGACAUUUCUCGGAGAAAAUAAGGCGAGGAAGUUGAUCUACCUGGUGAGUUCAGAAUUCCAGCUAUCGUUGUACUUUACUGUAAACAAGUUAGCAUAGCAUAGCCCCGAUCGAUCCAAACUCAUCCAAACAUUUGAAAAGUUGUUGACCUGCUGUCUUGCUGACAGCCCCGACAAAGCAUGAAUUUAUAUAUUGUAACAAAUCGGCAUCAUGUUGUAGUUUUUUCCACUAUUGUUUUGAUCUGUUUAUUGUAAUUAAAUCAUUUCAUACCACUGUAGUAAUUACGGGUUGUGUUUAUUCGUAUUUUCACUAGCAAGGACCACAAUCAGGUGUGAUUAAAUGAUUUAUUGAGUAACAAGCAGAAGAUGUAUGAAGCUUGCAGUAGCUGAAUAGACAUUAGAAAGCGUUGUGGGGAAGCUACGAUAGGGAAAUCCGCCGUAGCACCUGGGCACGACGGACCCCCAAAACCAGAAUUGAGUAGCUGCUAGACCGGUCUCAGACGAUCUCGCAUGGUUGUGCGCUGGAUUUCCCUAGUUCACGAGGGUCUUAGAGGGUUCAGAGAUGACUAGACUUUGAAGAAAAGAUGAAAGUAAGCUGCCCCAAUUGACUGGACUUCAGAUCGCUUUGGUAGAAAGAAUAUAGAACCAUAUCCUUCAGUUGAGGCGAAUAAUCUUAAAUUCCAAUGGGCUUCAAUCACAUUAAAUGACUCAAUUGCGGGCAUGAGAUGCAGUGAAAUGAAACUGAAGAGAGCGAGCGUGGACGUGACGGCUAAGGUUCAAGUCAAGUGAGGGAUGCUGUAACUGGCGCAGAUGGUGUGGAUGCAGACCGGACGGAGAUUCUGCUGUAAGAGAAAGGCUGCCGGGGUCUUGUCUCUUGACGUUGAGUGCCUCUAAGAAGUUGGGUUAUCCGGGAAUGCGUUUGGAAGCCAAUGCUUCCGCUAAGAUGGACUUCAGUGGAGUGCGUUUUGUUGCCACUGUGGGCGUGUUGGUGAAAUGAGAAGUGGUGACGAGAUUGAAUGACGGGGAGGUCAUGUUGGGCUUGUUGUGACGGUGGCUCAGUUCUUUGAAGCAAACCUGUAACCCAAGAGAGGGCUAUGCUGUUGGCUGGCUAUGCGGUAGUAGAGUUUCGGGGAGCAUUUUAGCAAUUAGUCUUCUUUGUAGAACCCCCAAAAACCUGCAGAAUAUGUGGCGGCGGUGUACGAUUGGUUUCUUGGGGUGUCGUGGUUGUUUGUGAAAAGUUGAACCGGUCCUGUUGGCGAAGGUUGAGCCAAAGCGAGGAGGAAGUGGUGAUUGAAUGCUGAUUGCAUGGGCUUUCAAUCCAGAUUAAUGUGUGAGGUGGAUUGUGUCGAGAGUGAAUCCUAGAAAUCUAGGGUCUUGGGAACACCUGCUGUUUCUAUGCAGACCUUGGAACCCGGAGGUUGGAGAAACCAGAGAGCUUGGAGCGGCGGCAAUGGGUUAGAAUGAGACCGGGAACCGCUUGGGGGGCAUGUUGGGGUUGCGUGGUCGAGUGGACCCUGGUUACACCACUGAAGCAAGCUGUGGCUUGGGAGCAGUCUGGAUUUUUGGUAAACCUGUGCCUCUGACUUGGGGACCGAAUCUAGGAUAAUGGCCAUGUAAUCGUUUUAGUGUAUGGAGAAGGUGGACGCAACUUAGAACGAGAUAUCGUGUAGUUUACAAUGUGUUUGAGUAAACUAGUGAGAUGAAGAACGGGAGAUGGAGAUGAAGAACGGGAGAUGAAGAAUUAGGAUUAUGAAUGACUUCGCUUGUAAUGAUUAAGAACUCGAAAGAACUGUACUUGAGUGGUUAGCUUGUGUGCUGCUAGCAUCAUUUAUAACAGAACUGGAGAUUGCUAUUGAAAGAUAAGCGAAGAAGUGAAGCAUGAAGUUCCUGUCCUUUGAAUCGAUUUCCAUCAAUGAUUUUUUGGAUGGUUCUGUGUAAUGGACCAUUUUGUGCGGUCAGGUUAGUGGUUGAUGGGAACAGACGGUGGGCAUCCUGGUGCCUAAUGCCCCUACUGAGGCUGCUGAGGUUGUUCGAGGUGUACAACUGGGCGCUAGCAUCUCGGUGCUGGGGCCCCCUAUGGAACUGGCUGCUGUAGCUGCUGGACGUGUCCAGCUGUGGCACCUAAUGAAGCCUGCUGCUGUGGUAGGUAGAUGUAGACGCCUGGGGUGCUGGCAUAUCCCAGUACUGGGUACCUGAAGCUUCGGGAGCUGGAUGGCAGGGUGCUGAUGACUCGAUGUGGUUGUCCUGUGUGAUGUAGGCUGCUGGUGCGGUCAACCCCGAUGAGAGGUGGAGGCUUGGAAUUCUGGUGGUGGUUGACGUCCUGUUUUGCUUUGGUACCGACUUCUCUGCUAUCUUGAGAUGGAGGUAAUAUGUGAACUGUCCCUUUAACAGUGGCGCUGACGUCACGGCGUGCGUAAUGCGCCACCUGGAAAGGAGCUGGUGUUGACGGAACUGAAUGCAUGGCACGCUGACAUGAUAGCUUAAAAAGUUUGCUGUAUUGUCUGUUCUCUAAAUCGGAAUUGUUACAUUUAUAACCGUUUUCUGAAGAGUGGCUAUAGUUCGUGUCUUGAUUGUUCGUGAAGACUGUUUGACCCAGGACCUUGCUGGCGCAUGGAAACGCUGUGAUCAGCUGUUUGAUGAGAGGCAGGGGAUUCUUCGGGUGCAAUGUUUCAGAUUGUUGAGGAAAGUGGACCGUGGAAGGUGGAUGGCGUUAAGGCUGGACUCACCCGCUCCCUGGCCGACUUUAGGAUUGUAGAAAGCGGGGCCUCAAGCGUGGAGACGGAGGACAGAAUUUGGCUUCUGGUGCUGGGAUUGCUGACGUGAACAUGGAAGAUGUCUCGAGUCCGUCCGAAUAAUUCAGCGUUCGAUGGGGAUAGCAAUGUGCCGACACUUCUCGAAGAGGUAAGUGUAUGGAAGUAGCUGGUAAUAAUUCGCAUUAUCGGAUGUUAGCGUAGUGUGCUCCACGCGAUGUUGCUUGGUCUUGGUUCGUCUGCGAAAUGCGAGGGCCAUGCAGGAUACGAGGGCGAAGGGGAGGACUUAGGACGUGUGGGUAUUUAUGGAAAUGCUGGCGAUGACUUGCUUGAUGUGUGGUCCCGCUCCUGAAACUCUGCUAAUUAGCACCACAUCGCAUUAUGUGUCUCGGCAGUAGUCCAGCAAGAAAAGCGAUGCAAGGAUUAAAUUUGCAUUCGGUCUUAAAGCACAGUUAGAAAGUUAAAUUUACUUCAGCUCCAAUGAGGCUUUGGCAGUGUGUCAGUAGCUUAUCAUGGGUAUGUUGUUGUUUAAAAUUAACAAAAUAAUAUUUUUUCUUGGUUAAAAUGACAAGGCACUCGAGUUUCAGGAUGUCUUGGAUGAGUGAAAGAUGUGGCUUGCUCCGGAGCUAGUUUACAAUGGUAUUAAAUGAACUUAUUGGAAAAAAUAGACUUCUGGCUAAAUCUGGCAUAUUUACAUUGAUGCAAAGCUGAAAUGUUCAUUAAUGUGCACUGUCCCUUUUGAAUAAAUAAAUAAACAGCCAACUCCUAAUAAGCUUUUUUUUAAUUGCCGCUGGUUAAAUCUACACAGAGCAGCAGACACGAGUCACCUCUAUCUUGAUUGACAGGUCGCUAUGUUAGCGAUUUGUCAAUCACAAGGUAGCCCUAAAGCCUUCACUGUUUAUCGUCUAUUUUCCCCAAAAUGGGACCAUAAUUUACAAAAUGUUUAUCAUUUGCUCUUUUGUAUCAAACCCGAUUCCUCUAUAGAACAGAAUUGUUUCACUUGAUUAAUUUUUUUCAGAAGAUAUUCCACAUUAUGUACUUAAACUUCAUGGGUGGCAAUAAUGGUGAGCAGGACUGUACAUGACACCACUGAGAACAGGGCUUUGGGUGAAGCAUUUUUUAAAUAAACAAUGAAAAGCUGUCAGUCACAGUGGAAAGGCUGAGGACCAAUCAGACCUUUCAUUUUAUCUUUCCAGCCAAAUCAUUUUGUUGACUUAAAUUGGCACAUUGAAUAUCUACUGUGGCCAGGAAAGAACUGUAUGUUGUCCAUAACAGCCUUGUAUAAAGAAGUUAUUUAUUAUUUCAUUAUCAAAAUGAAAGUGUAUUGCAAUGGAAGUUGUUGUGUACAUAAUCACUGUAUAAUAUGAAAGUGAAUAAAGUUCUUAUGAUAACUCUUCAGAUUUGAAAA